AUAGUUAGUACUGAAGAGAUCUUAAGUUCUUUUAAAGAUGUCCAAAUUAGACGAUUUGUUUGAUAAAAAGAAAGAUGAAGCUCCUAUGUUAGACCUUUCUAAAGUAAUAAUAAAUACCGCAGAAGAAUAUAGAGCUGUUUUGGAUAAAGUGCCGGAUUUUAAAACACGCCCUGAAAAGGUGAGAAGUGAUGACAUAAAAAUAAAAGAUAGGAAAGAGGACCAAAAAACUAGGACAUCGAAAAAAGAAGUUCGAGCUUAUGAAAAGUUAGGAACUCGUGGCUACGAAGAAAAACAAUUUACAUUUAUGGAUCCUAUACCAGUGGAAAUGCAAGGGUUAAAGUUCGAUGAAUUGUGUGCUGUACCGAUAGAAUGGCGGAUGCUUACUUCUAUUCGGCCAAAAUCAAAACUCGAUGAAGAAUAUUUUAACAGGUUGAUAGAACUAGGCAAGUCAGAGUUGAGAACGAAGGCCAAGGAAAAAAGAGAAAACGUUAAAAAUAAUAUGGUUAGAAGAAUUAAAAAUCGUUCAGGAGUUACAGAGACACGUAUUGUGUCUUGUGCAGAAUGUGGAGAGGAAUAUUGCAACGGUAAAAUGUGCACAAUUACCAAUUACGACAUGUUCGCACGAAUUAAGGUGGAAAUCGAACAAAAGCCGCGACGAGCGCAAGCCGCCCCGGUCCAAUCUAACAAGCUGCGUCGAUUGCGUCGCCGCCCCCGCCGCAAGCCCCGCAGUAAGAGCGCUGCGCCAACGUAUCAUAAACCAGCUGCUGGCAAACAUGGCGCGAAAAGUGAUUCUGAGCUUUAGAUUAUCUUUAUCAUGGCACGUUAAAAUGUAAUAAUCUGUUUUGAGAUAACUAAAUAUUGAUGUUCGAGUUUAGAUUGAAUGUUCACAACCGAAUUAAAAUACCUUCACUAAUAUACACUAGACGUCCAAUUUAACCCUAUUCCUACUUUCCCCAAAAUCAGGUUGUGCAUUUACAUGAUAAUAAUAUUAUUAUUGUAAGCAAUAAAGGUAUUACUAAAUACUCGCUUUUAGUAUAUAAUUAAUCUCUAGUCGAUAAUGAUCCAAUUUAUUGAAUACAAAUU